UCUGCUUUCAACCGCCAGUCACACAAAUAUUGUCAGAUGUCUCCAGUGCUCCAUAAACAGCCCAAAUCGAGCACAGGCUCGGAUGCUGCUCAACGUUAUCCUCUCCCUUCCUUCUUGGAAUCGAUAAUCUCGAGCUCUUCAUCACCGCUUGGAAAAUUACCUCAGGACCCGAUCGUUGUCGGCAUAGUCUCUGCUUUUGGAGCGAGCGCCCUCACUUUCGGGUCCAUCAUUGCCUACAGGAGGUACUGGAGGAGAAUCAAGAAUGCCGAUUCGGUUACUAUGGGUAUGGUGGAAAGAAAGAUUUGGGUCAAGGGUGUCGUGACCAGUGUGGGAGAUGGAGGUAUGUAUCCAUCACACAAAGCUGCCUACUCUAAUCAGGUUUAAAGACAACAUGAGGCUGUUUCAUACUCCUGGACCGUUCUACCGAUACCCUUUCAAAUUCCGUUCAAUACCCACAACGCAAAAAGCGCUUAAAAACGAGACUUUGAGCAUCAGAAUAGCAGGCGUCGAUGCCCCUGAGAACGCGCACUUUGGCAAUCCUGCUCAACCACAUGCCAAAGAAUCAUUAGAGUGGCUUCGAUCUACUAUUCUUGGCAAACGGAUGAGCUGUCAGCUGUUGUCCAAGGAUCAAUAUAACAGAAUUGUCGCAGUGCCAUAUAUCUCUCGGACAUUCUGGUGGGAUCAGCCCCUGCCCAUCUUGAUGUUGAAGGAGGGCAUGGCCGUGGUAUAUAAAGCUGGAGGUGCCGAGUACGGUCCUUGGGGUUUGGACGAGAUGCUCAAGAUCGAAGAACAGGCUAGAAAUGCCAAGAAGGGCCUGUGGGCAAUGAAGAAACACGAGAGCCCUGGAGACUUCAAGGCGCGUAUGAAACUGAAAGACAGUGCGCCCGAAGAAGAGGUAAAGACGAAACGACGGAGAGCUGCUCCUGCUGGAUUGUGGACCCGUUUCAAACAAUUAAUGUCCAAGGCAUUUUAGAUGU